CAGUACGUACAGCGGGACCUCUCAGAGAAGAUAAACAAAAAAAAGGAAGGAAGCCUUCGGCCGAACGAUCGCGGCAAAACCGGUUUAAAAAAAAUCAAACGUGCAAGCUUACGUUUAGCAACCUCAUGUGGCACUUUACUGCUUAAAGCCUCACCAUCUAACUUCCCCAGUCAUGGACGAGGGACUCAUAUUCCGAAUGAGUGCAUUUUCCGAGCAGGGGGGGAGGAAAUACAUGGAGGACGUGGUCGAGAUAAGAAUCGAGUACGAGCCGACGCCGCAGCCCGUCGAAGAUGAUCCAAAGGCGCAGGGACACGGAGUCCACGCGAAGGCGGACAGCGAACAGCCCAAACAAACGCCCGCAAACGAGGCAGCGGAGCGUACGAUCGCAGCCGAAUCGGGCCCGGCCUGCGCGAUGUGGGUCGAGAGCCCGCCUCGCGGGGACGAGCGCGCGCCGCCGCCGCCGCCGGUACCGCAGGAAGGGGUCGCGGAGCGUGCGGUCGACACGCGCAAGUCCGUGGCGUUUUUCGCUGUUUUUGACGGCCACGGGGGUCGAGAAGCGGCGCACUUCGCGAGGGACAAUCUGUGGGAUUUGUUAAAAAAGCAGCGGGGCUUCUGGUCGAAGGACCACGGCGAAGUGUGCGCCGCCCUGCGGAAAGGCUUCGUCGCCUGUCACCACGCGAUGUGGAAAGAGCUGCCGGAGUGGCCAAAGACCAUCACCGGCCUGCCCAGCACAUCAGGAACCACCGCCAGCGUGAUUGUGAUCCGCGGGGUCCACAUGUACGUUGCCCAUGUGGGGGAUUCCGCAGUAGUGGUCGGAGUGCAAGAAAACGACUCGGAUGUCACGCUGCAGGCCCUGGAAAUAACACAAGACCAUAAACCUGAACUUCCCAAAGAAAAAGAAAGGAUUGAACGCCUGGGUGGCAGUGUAAUGAAAAAAUCCGGGGUGAACCGCGUGGUGUGGAAGCGGCCCCGGCUGACCCACAACGGGCCUGUGAGGAGGAGCACCGUCAUCGACCAGAUCCCCUUCCUGGCCGUGGCCCGAUCCCUCGGUGAUCUGUGGAGCUACGACUUCUACAGCGGGGAGUUUGUGGUUUCCCCGGAGCCCGAUACCACCGUGAUGACCCUUGACCCCAACCGGCAUCGCUACAUCAUCCUCGGCAGUGACGGGCUGUGGAACAUGAUGCCACCCAAGAAUGCCGUCAAUAUGUGUUCCAGCCACGACAAAAUGGUGGGGCCGAAGGGGAUGUCCUGCGCCCGGCGGCUGGGAUGCACCGCCCUACUGUUCUGGAAAGAACGCAUGCUCCGUGCAGACAACACCACGGUGAUCGUCCUGGCGCUGCAGGAGCGCGGCGGCCCGCCCGUCCCGAUGCAUCGGGACGAGAUCGUUGUCGACAUGUCUACAGGAAUGGACCAUGUUCCCUUCCCGGGAACUACCUAUAACACAUGCGUGGUGCCAAAGCUGAGUGAUGCAGCAAACGCUCCCUCACAAGAACGUUCCACGGCUCUGUGGCGGGCGUGUGGGCUGCUUGAAGCAGCUUCCCGUCCCACCUCCCAGCACUUACCCGACGCCGACUCCGCGGGGGCCGCUCUGCCCCCCUCGGAUGGAUCAGUGAACGAUUUUGAAAAGCAGGACCCCCCGACCCAGACGGACUGCGCGCCUCCCUUUAAAAGGUCUCGCCGGUCUCCGCACACGCACACCAGACUAAGAGGCGGCCGCCGGCGGCCCGUCCCGUCCUCCGGCAAAGGCUCCACCCCGGAGGUCCCGGAAAAGAACCUAGAAAGUGAACAUUCCAGUCCAAGUCCAGGUCAGAAGAGAAGCUCCCCUGAGGAGAGCGGCAUCCUACCGCAGCACCCGAACUCCACUUUGUGCGUGUGCUGAUUUCUGCCUCUGAGGAGGGAAGGAUAAUCUGUAUCAGGGUCGCCACGGGCUUAUUCCUAGAUGUGUACUUUUUUUAUACAACAAGUCUUUGUUUUUGUAAAUAUGUGGGAGAUUUAAGAUUGUGAAUGUCUUGUGGUUUUAACCUUUUCUUCUUGUUCUCCUUGCUGUCCCUACUUUAAAAUUGAGUGUUGGCAGACAUUUUUAAAUCCGUUAAAUCUGCACAAUCUAUUUUCGUAUAAGUAUCUAUAGUAUAUUAUAAAAGAUGUAUUUUGAGGAUGAUAACUACAAUCUGAGGUAACAUCAGUUCUACAAGAUGAUGACACAUCCAGUAUCCAGGAUUUCUAAUGAAUGAAUUCUCUGUUUUAGAUUGAUUUGACUUGUCUGAUGCCGUAACAUCCCAGUCUUUUCUUUAUUCGAGUGAAUACCUCAGACUAGUUGUUUCUGGGAUGAAAUAUGCCAUUAUGCCAUUAUUCGUUUUGUUUUGAAGCCAUUGUUAGUGGUGAUACUGUAGCGUGAAAAUAAUGGAAUUAUUGGGGGGGAAAAAUGAUCUGAGGUAUUUUUUGAGUGUAGUUAUUAUGAAUCUGUUUCUUGUUUUGUAUUUACCAGUGACUAAUUAGGUACUUUGACGGUACUUUGCUUGACAAUUCUUCUUUGUCGGAGCGAUCCAUCUCCAUUUUUGACUCCGCCGAUGGGUAUUGGUACUGUAUAUGGUGCUCAUGUGAAAGCCAAGACCAAUACUUGUGCCUCACUGAAAGGAGGUUUGGAAUAUGCUUUCUUCUUUACUUACGUUUGCACAACACCCAGUUUAUUUGAAGUGCCACUUGGGCACUUAACACCAUUCCAAUAGCCCUUUCCAUGUUUCAUACCUUGUGUGGUCUGACCUCAUUACUUGUGUUUUUAAUCUGCGUAUCUGCGAAACACCUCGUGGUACGUUACAUGGGGUGUAUUGUGAUUUUGUAUCUUGCGUUAACAAUGGCAGCUCAGUUACUGUUUUAGCAGAUUUCUUUCGCCCCGUUCCUUUUCCAUUAAAGUGUAAUGGUUGCCUUGCACAAAUGAGUCAAAGGUGCUAUUCACACGUUUUCAUAUUUAGGACUCAAACGGGUGAGAAUCUCCAGGAUAUCUCAAUGCGAGUACUGCUGUGGCCCGGCUUGUCACCUUACCAUCCACACCUCCGGCGGAUGGUAAGGUGACAAAGCAGACUGUUGAUUUUUUUGAUUUUUUUCACAGCAAGUCGAUAUGCAAUAGAAGUUUGUACAUUACAUUAUUAUGCAAAAUGUUUUUUCAGGAGUCAAGCAUGCUCGGAUAUACUCUUAUGUUGUGAAGUGUCCAGAGGUAAUGGAUGUUAAUAGCCGGUGUGUGUUUUUUGACGAUGACAAUACUUUGUGUCUGGCUUCAUAUCCACUGCAACCAGUUUUCAGGACUAACUGUAUAAGCUACAUGCGUUGAAAGGGACGGGAUAAACAUUUGUCUGUGUGUUGUAAUAAAGUUCUCAUUUUCUAUA